GCGCGCCCCCCGCGCAUGCCGGUGGCGGGGCGCGUCCCGCGGCGGGGCAGCCCCGCGCCCCCCGCGCCGCCCCGCAGCCGCCGCCGCCGCGCCGCGAUGCCGGUGGCGGGGCGCGGGCAGCCCGCCUCCUGGCUGCUGGUGCUGGGCGCCGCCGCGCCCGCCCUCUGGCUGCGCUGCGUGCUCGCCGACUUCACGGUGGACAACGAGGUGCACUCCAGCUUCAUCCACCGGCGGCUGCGCGGCCCCGAGCGCCGCGAGAUGCAGCGGGAGAUCCUCUCCAUCCUCGGCCUGCCGCACCGCCCGCGGCCGCACCUCCACGGCAAGCACAACUCGGCCCCCAUGUUCAUGCUGGACCUUUACAAUGCCAUGUCCGUAGAGGAGGGGGCGGCGGGGGCCGCCGCUGAGGACGGCGAGGGCUUCUCUUACCCCUACAAGCCCAUCUUCAGCACCCAGGGGCCGCCUCUGGCCAGCCUGCAGGACAGCAACUUCCUCACCGAAGCUGACAUGGUCAUGAGCUUCGUCAACUUGGUGGAGCAUGACAGGGAGUUCCACCACCAGCGCUGCCACUACCGAGAGUUCAGGUUCGACCUCUCGCGGAUCCCCGAGGGGGAGGCGGUGACGGCGGCCGAGUUCAGGAUCUACAAGGAUUUCAUCCGCGAGCGCUUCGACAACGAAACCUUCCAGAUCAGCGUCUACCAGGUCCUGCAGGAGCACCCGGGGAGGGAUUCAGAUCUGUUCCUGCUGGACUCCAGGACGAUCUGGGCUGCAGAGGAAGGGUGGCUGGUGUUCGACAUCACCGCCACCAGCAACCACUGGGUGGUGAAUCCCCAGCACAACCUGGGCCUGCAGCUCUCUGUGGAGGGCAUUGAUGGACAAAGCAUCAACCCCAAGCUGGCGGGGCUCAUUGGGAGGCAGGGCCCCCAGAACAAGCAGCCCUUCACCGUGGCCUUCUUCAAGGCCACCGAGGUGCACCUGCGCAGCAUCCGCUCCACGGGCGGCAAGCAGAGGAGCCAGAACAGAUCCAAAACACCAAAGAACCAGGAGGCGUUCCGGGUCUCCAACAUUGCAGAGAACAGCAGCAGUGACCAGCGACAGGCCUGCAAGAAACACGAGCUCUACGUCAGCUUCAGGGACCUGGGGUGGCAGGACUGGAUCAUUGCUCCGGAGGGCUACGCUGCCUAUUACUGUGAAGGAGAAUGUGCUUUCCCCCUGAAUUCCUACAUGAAUGCUACAAACCAUGCCAUUGUACAGACACUGGUUCACUUUAUAAACCCAGAGACUGUGCCGAAGCCCUGCUGUGCUCCUACACAACUCAACGCCAUCUCAGUGCUCUAUUUUGAUGACAGCUCCAAUGUUAUCUUAAAAAAAUACAGGAACAUGGUGGUACGAGCAUGUGGCUGCCACUAGGUUUGUAGGACAGAGGAAGAAAAAGGAAAAAGAAGUUAUUUGUAAAGAGUGGGUUUGUGUGGCUGUGUGGGGUUGGGGGAAAGGUUGGUGCUCCAGCCAUGGGUUUAAAAAAGUCCCAAACCAUUUUAGGACCAGGCCUCUGAAAGUUCAGACAAUGGAGCAGUUUCUGGAUCUGAAGAGGCAUUUGAACACAUUUUGUUUUAGUUUAUAACAGACAAUGAGCUUGUAAACUGAAACAAGCCAGAGAAACCGUUUAAAACCAAAUCUGCUUACAAAAUUGGCUCCUACAGUACAUACUUUUGCAAAUGAGUCUUUCUGGAGAUUGCAAACUCACCAGUGUUGAUUGUGAGUAAAACAGUAAUAAUCUAUCCAAGGUGAGACUGUGCUGUGACUAAUAAGUGUGUGUAGUUCCUGUAACACGGUUUGCAAUAAAAUAAGUGAACAAAAUAUACCUGGAGUG